AUGGCUGCUGCUCUCGAGUUGGUGUCGUCUAACAAGGUCUUUGGAGGUGACCUGCGGAAAUACAAGUUCAAGUCUGCGGCGUUAGGCGGACUCUCGGCGAACUUCAAUUUAUUUCUUCCCUCGCAAUCAGCGACCGCCAAAGUCCCGAUCCUCUUCUAUUUAGCUGGGUUGACUUGCACUGAGGACAAUGGGGACGUCAUUUUACUCGCACAAAAAGGCAGUUUCUUUGAACCCGCUGCAGCCAAUGGCAUCGCCAUCCUAUUUCCCGACACCUCCCCCCGGGGCGCCGGAGUUGCUGGCGAAGACGACGACUGGGACUUCGGAACGGGUGCUGGAUUCUAUCUGAACGCUACCACACCAAAUUAUGCGUCUCACUACCAAAUGCUCACCCAUGUGACGCUCGAGCUUCCCCAAGUAAUCGAGGCAGCUGGCCUCCCCGUCGAUCUCUCACGACAAUCGAUAUUUGGCCACAGCAUGGGUGGCCACGGUGCUCUGACGCUGUACCUUGCGUCCCAAACCAACCAAUAUCGUUCAGCAUCUGCAUUCGCGCCGAUAUGCAACCCGAUCAAUUGCCCAUGGGGCCAGAAAGCUUUCAAGGGCUAUCUCCAAGGCGGUGUCGAGGAGGCCCAAGAUAAGUACGACGCGACAGAACUUAUAAAGAAACACAAAGGCCCCGUUAACAUUUUGAUUGACUACGGAACUGGCGACAACUUCUACAAACAAGGGCAGCUGCUUCCUGAAAACUUUGUGGCCGCUGCUCAGGGCAAAGACGUGACCGUGCGAGCUCAAGAGGACUAUGACCAUAGCUAUUACUUCAUUUCCACCUUCGCAGCAGACCACGUGAACUUUCAUGCCAAGUUCCUUCGUCAAUAA